AUGCCUCCCGCUAAGAGAAAGGCUACUGACAGCGGCCGAGCUGGUGCCUCUAAGCGAGCAACCCCCGUACCCGAUCCAACCGAAAUAUCCAGCAGCGAUGAAUACUCAGAUGAUGGGGACCACGAAGGUGUCGUCGAAAAGUUUUCUCUUGAGUCCUUCAGCAAACGGUCGCAACUCGAUAAAUUAGACCAACGAUUCGGUUACAAGGAUCUCUCUUACCUCCCGCUCAAGCGCGAUCACUACAAUCGUCCCUUGUGGAUCGAGCCGGUGAAAGGCACGAUCACACUCGAGAGUUUUUCGCCUUUGGCACCACAAGCGCAGGAUUUUCUGACGACUGUCGCUGAACCGCUCUCCCGCCCUACACAUCUCCAUGAAUAUCGCCUCACGGGUCAUAGUUUGUAUGCGGCAGUUUCGGUGGGCUUGAAGCCGCAAGAUAUCGUGGACUUUUUGGACCGUCUUUCCAAGACCCCGCUGCCAGAAAGUAUCCGUGCUUUCAUCAUCGAAUUUACGAAAUCGUACGGUAAGAUUAAAAUGGUCUUGAAGCAUAAUCGGUACUACGUGGAAACUCCCGACCCUCAGAUGUUGCAACGACUGUUGCAGGAUGAGGUGAUCGGCCCUCAGAGAAUCCACUCCGAUGAAGGAAUCAUUAAACGGGCGGCCCCGAAAAUGGGGGGGUUGGUGAUUCCCGGUACCAAGGAUGCUGCUGGUGUACGAGAGACUGGCACCCAGCAAAAUCCAUCGAAGACAACCCAAAAUGAGACCCAAGAGGAGGUGGUGGACUACGGUAUCAAUGAUAUUGGUGAAGAGGAUACGGAAGAAUCUCUUGCCUACAGUUUCGAAAUUCCCGCUGAGGGUGUCGAAGUGGUCAAGGCUCGUUGUCAGGCAAUCGGAUGUCCUGCCUUGGAAGAAUACGAUUUCCAACAGGAUAACGUCAAUCCUAAUCUGGACAUUGACAUGAAGCCCGCGGCUUUGAUCCGCCCAUACCAAGAACAGAGUCUGAGUAAGAUGUUCGGCAACGGGCGUGCAAAGAGUGGUAUUAUCGUCCUUCCUUGUGGUGCAGGAAAGACGCUCGUGGGCAUCACUGCAGCUGUGACCAUCAAGAAGGGGACCAUAGUUCUCUGUACUAGUUCCAUGUCCGUUGUCCAGUGGCGGAAUGAAUUCUUGCGGUGGACUACGAUCGAUCCUAGUGAUAUUGCGAUCUUUACGUCUGACCACAAGGAGAAAUUCAAGAGAUCAACAGGAAUCAUUGUCUCGACAUACUCCAUGGUGUCGCAGACCCGAGCUCGCUCCUACGACGCUCAAAAGAUGAUGGACUGGCUCCAGUCCCGUGAAUGGGGUAUGAUGAUUCUCGACGAGGUGCACGUCGUGCCAGCGUCUAUGUUCCGCAAGGUCACAUCUGCCAUUGCCGCACAGAGCAAACUGGGUCUCACUGCGACCUUGUUGCGAGAAGAUGACAAAAUCAAGGAUUUGAACUUCUUGAUUGGGCCCAAAUUAUACGAAGCGAACUGGAUGGAGCUUUCAGCUAAGGGCUACAUUGCUAAGGUCCAGUGCGCGGAGGUCUGGUGCCCCAUGACCACAGAGUUUUAUUCAGAGUAUCUGCGGGAGAGCUCACGCAAGCAAGCCCUCCUCUACAUCAUGAACCCACGUAAGUUCCAAGCGUGUCAGUUCUUGAUUGACUUCCAUGAGAAGCGAGGAGACAAGAUCAUUGUCUUUUCCGACAACGUCUAUGCUUUGGAGCGAUACGCGCUGAAGCUCAACAAAGCAUACAUUUACGGUGGAACUCCCCAGAACGAGCGUAUGCGUAUCCUGGAGAACUUCCAGCAUAAUGAGCAGGUGAACACCAUCUUUUUGUCGAAGAUUGGUGACACGUCCCUCGACUUACCAGAAGCGACCUGUCUCAUUCAAAUCUCAUCGCACUACGGUUCUCGUCGUCAGGAGGCGCAACGACUGGGCCGUAUUCUGCGAGCCAAGCGGCGGAACGACGAGGGCUUCAACGCGUUUUUCUACUCGCUCGUAUCCAAAGAUACGCACGAAAUGAAUUACUCGAGCAAACGCCAGGCCUUCUUGAUCGACCAGGGCUACGCUUUCAAAAUUAUUACCCAUCUUCAAGGCAUCGACGAUUUCGAGGGCCUCUCGUACGCGACCCCCGCUGAGCGCCGCGAGCUGCUCCAAGAAGUCAUGCUGCAGAACGAAUCAUCUGCUGACGUAGAAAUGGUACAAGAUGACCUGUUCUCGAGUCGGGGAGCGAAGCGGGUCGGUGGCAAAAAACCUACCGCGAAGCGCACUGCAGCGACCCUCAGCGGCCUUGCCGGCGGUGAUGACAUGGCAUACAUCGAGUACAACAAGAGCAAGAACAAGCAACUGAAGGAAAAGAAGGACCACCACCCUCUGUUCAAGAAGCUGGAGCGGGAGCGCCAAAAGCGUAAAAAGGAGCGCGAGGCAAUGCUGCAAUGA